AUGCGUCCGCGCGUUCUUGAUUAUGAUGUGCAUUCCUGUUCAUCGUAUUCAGCUUCAUACCUGCCAGAAAAUAUUAAGAUUAAUAAUCCUCAGGACCAAUCCUCCCGAUGGUCCUCUGGAUCCAACAAUCAAAUGCAAUAUAUUAUGAUCAAGCUGCACUCCAUGGCCGUUGCUCACUCAAUUACUUUUGGAAAAUAUCACAAGGUUCAUGUCUGUAACCUCAAAGAGUUCAAGGUCUUCGGGGGUCUGACCACUUCCAACAUGACCGAGCUCUUGCAUACCGGGCUACGGAAUGACAGUGAGCCGGAGACAUUCCUGUUGAAGCACAAAACAAAUUCGGUUGUGUUCCCCUGUCAGUACAUUAAGAUCGUACCAUUAAUGGCUUGGGGCGCCAAUUUCAACUUUAGUGUGUGGCAUGUAGAGGUCAAGGGUGUAGCAGAUCCUGGAUUAGUUCAAGAAACAUAUUUCCAGUACAUUAACUUUCGUGAAACAGAAUCCGUACGUUUGUGCCUCAAACACUUUCGCCAGAGGAACUUGACAGAUGCAUUCGAAGCAUUACAACAACGGACUAACGUUCAACUGGAGGACCCAUUGCUCACAAAAGUGUAUCAUGAAUUAGUGAUUAAAGGGAACUUCAAACGUGUGGAGGAACUCAUGAUGGAAGCUGCACAGCUUGGUCUUUUUGACGCCUAUAUUCAAUCGUAUGACUAUAAACCAAUCUGGAAACGUCUCAAUUCUAAUAGCCACCGCCAAGGACUACAUCAUCAUCAUCAUUUCUACCAUCCAUACACAGAAGAGAGCCCCAGGCAUCGGGGUGGACACCAGAUGUGCAUCGAUACCCAAGGAGGAUAUGUGUAUCUAAUGGGUGGCUGGGAUGGAGUACGGGACUUGGCCGAUUUUUGGGCAUAUCACAUACCAUCACAAAAGUGGAUCUUGAUCUCUGCUGAUUGCUCUUUACAAGGUGGUCCGAGCGCUCGGUCAUGUCAUAAAAUUUGCUUCAGUCCACAACAAAAAGCAAUUUUUUUACUGGGCAAGUAUGUCGACCCUGAGGUCAGAAGCAAAGUUGAUUUGAGUUCCGACUUUUGGCGUUUCGAUAUUGACCCAAACUCGCCUCCUCGAGGUCGGUGGACAAAGAUUGCCGCUAAUACCGCGGCCAUGAAUGGCCCAGAACUCAUUUAUGAUCACCAAAUGUGCUUGGAUCCGGUUUCACAAACCCUUUAUGUUUUUGGGGGACGUGUGGUUCACCUGGACAAGAAUGUACAGCACUACAGUGGCCUGUAUUCGUACCAUAUCUUGUCCGGAAUUUGGAGACUUCUUCGUACAGAUGGACACCCACCGCCUAGACAAGAUGGAAACACAAUAUUGCGCUCUCGAAUUGGACAUUCAAUGCUCUAUGAUAACGUAACACGUAGCCUGGUGAUCUUUGCAGGCCAGAUGAACAAGGAUUAUCUGUCUGAUUUCUAUGUGUAUGAUAUUGCAGCCGAUCGAGUGAUUGAGGUCUGCAAGGACUACAACAAGCAAGGUGGACCUGAAGCUGGCUUCACGCAACGUGCCACCGUGUCCCCCAGAUGCCGUGAGAUCUAUGUACUCUCGGGUUUAGUCAAGGACAGAACAUUGGGUGCUGAGACGUUCAUUCAAAAGCAUCAUGAAUCGUGGGCGUACCUGUUUGAUCAUGGGUCGUGGCAAAAGAUAUUUCAAAAUUCAAGUUCAGAAGCGGGGGACCCUAAUGAAUCUGAACCAGUCCCUCGGUAUGCCCACCAACUGGUGUAUGAUGAUGUCAAUGAGGUUCAGUACUUAUUCGGAGGCAACCCAGGCGAGCAGGGAAAUAUGAGUAAGAGGCUGGAUGAUUUCUGGGAGCUUCGCCUUUACAGGCCGAAUUCAGAAGAAGUUAUUCGAAGAACAAGGUAUCUCGUUCGUACGCAACAGUUCAAGGAACUCUGGGCUACAAAGAAUAAACAAGACCAGUCCUCACGAGCACUCAGGUUCCUGCAGAUGGAGCUCAGCAGCGUUCUCGAUCAGUCCAGCAAGGCAGAGAAUGAAGAAUUCAGGACUUUGAUUCGUGGCCUCUUA